AUGCCUACAAUCUCUAUAAACGUCAUCUCCGACCCUGUCUGCCCCUGGUGCUUUAUCGGUGCCCUACGUCUCUCUCGCGCCAUAACUCUUUAUCUUAAAACCGUCUGCUCUAACGACACGAUUUGCACGAAGUGGCACGCCUACCAACUCGACGCUGACACACAUACUCAACCUCUUGUGUCCAAAAUAGCUUCCAAAUGGGGUGUUGAUCAAGUCCCCGUCGUAAAGGCCCGCCUCAAUGGCAUUGCGAAGAGAGAAGGGCUCGAGUUCAACUUUGACUCGACAAUUGGGAACACAAGAGAUGCGCAUCGGUUGGAGAAGUUGGGAAGGAAGGUCGGGUUGGAGAUGGAGAUUGCGAUGGAGAUUAUGAGAAUGUACUUUCUGCGAGGAGGGGACAUAACAAGCAAGGAUGACUUGGCUGGCGCGGCCGAAAGGGCUGGUGUUAGUAAGACUGAGGCGAGGGAAUGGUUAGAAAGUGAUGACGGAGGUAAAGAAGUUGAUACCGAGGUUGCUGAGAUGCGGAGACUUGGUAUUAGAGGUGUUCCGCGAUACAUCAUCAAUGAUAAGUUCACAAUAGAUGGAGCAGAGGAUGUGGGAGAAAUUCUGGAAAAACUGGUUUUGGCGCGGGAAGAGGCUCUCGCAACAGACAUGUAA